AGGAGAAGAGCAGAGAAGAACCGCGCUUCUAAGAGCCUGAGAGCAUCAUGAAUUGGAGCCGUUAAAUGAAGCUGAAAAACAGAGAAUGGACGCCUCGGACGACGCGGGCGUCGACGCUGAGGGUCCCCUGGACCCCCGCAUCCAGAUCGAAUUGGAGAAUCUCAACAAUUCCACAGACGAAAUCAAUAAACUAGAAAUUGAAUUAGAUGAAGCGCACACAGCGUUUCGCCAAUUGUUAUCAGAUUCGACAAGACGAUUGAAAGAGGUAGCGAAUAAAAUAGGAACAGGCUGCAUAGAGAAAGCAAGAUGUUAUUACAAAGCAUUAGAAGUGGCUCAGCAGGCUCAGAUACAGUGUCAGCGUCAAGCACAGCUCUUCCAGAGGGCUAGUGAAAUCCAUUCAGCGGCGAAAGAAACUGUCACUUUGGCCGAGGCAGGGUUUACAUCGCAUCGACAUGAGUGGAACUUUGAUCAAGCGUGGCAAGACAUGCUGAAUCAUGCGACUAUUAAGGUUAUGGAUGCAGAAAAUCAAAAAGCCGAAUGUGGAAGAGAGCAUCUGAGGCGAGCAACCCUUUUUCACGAUGCUGAAAAAAAGGUUCAACAGCUUGAGGAGAAACAUCGUAGAGCGAUAAUCAAAUCAAAACCGUAUUUUGAAAUCAGAGCUCAGUGUGACGAGAUGCUGGCAACUCAGAAGGCGAGGGUAGAAUAUUUGCAGAGGGGAGUUAAAAAAGCAAAGGAUACCUAUGCCAGAAGUCUCAGAAUACUGGAGGACAUCAGUAAUCAAAUUCAUCAACGCAGACGAGACUAUGACAUGACCAAGGGGCCGAGAGAACCUGGUGUUGGUGCUGAGCUCAUAAGUCCGACAACAAGUUUAAGUUAUGAAGCUGAAUUGGAUAAAUUGAGCUUAAGCAGGAUAAACUCUUUAGCCAGCAGUGAACCAGACAUCGAUGAAAGAACUCGGGAUUUCGAGGAUGUUGACGACUUGAAACAACGAAUGGAACAACUCAGUACUCGUUCUGUUGAUGGAAGUGAGUCUAAUUCGAGUCAGUGGGAGUUGGAGUUACAGGCCAGUGUUGAGAGGCUUAAUACCUUACCCAUUAGAAAGCUAAGUUCCUUUACCACAGAUGAAGUGAGUGGAGAAGACUUUCGUGACCUUAAGUUCAGUGAAAGCGGCCUAGUGUCCGAUGAUAACCGGUGUAAAAUUUCGCCUCAAGUUCAAAGGUCACGGAAUAAUUACGAUAACGAAUCUAGAAUAUCAUUCAAUCAAGGAUUAACCAGUGUUAAAAGACCGCUAGAACGAACAGACUCAGCGAUAUGUUAUAAAGGUUGGAACUCAAUGGCUGAGAAAACGACUAAUUCAAGCCCGAUCUUAUCUGAAACUCCUUUGAAAACUCAAAAUGCUCUUUUAGCUUCAUUGAACAAUGAUGUAGAAAGUCAAAGUUGUCCGAUUAGUCGACAAGAAGUUACUGUAGACAAUGUUGGAAAACGUGAUGGGCCGAGUGGUAUGGAUUCGCAGAAUGUCAACCCAACUUAUGCGAAAAAGAAAAUUUCAGUGGAUCUGUCGAAUUUGGAAAUAGAUGACUUCACUGAAUCAAAUUUCAAAAAUCUAUUAAAUUCUCAAAGUGAUGAUGUUCAAAGAUCUUUGGAAUUGCGUGAAGAAAAGUGUAAUUCGAAAAAUGACGCUUUUAAAGCGGUGUUCCAUUUCAGCAAGUGUGAUGACGGUCAUUCUAAGCUUGGAAAUAAUGUCCAUCGAUUGGACGGAAAUAGUAUCAGAAAUGAUAAAAGUGGGCUUGGAUCUAACAGUUCAAGCUCUAGUCCUGUCAAGCGACGACUAACGUCUAAAUUAGAGAUGGCUAAAUCUUGUGAAAAUAGCUUGAACAGAGAUUUUGUGGAAUGUCCGAAAACGGAAAGGCCUAGUUCGAAAACUUCAAGUGUUAGAGAACUUCCGCUGCUAUCACUUAUUCAAAGAUUUCCCAAAACGCCAUUCUCUAAAGACAAAAGUUGCAGCCUGACGAACUUGGCUGAAAACCAUAAUCUUACAACUUUUCCGAGUGGUUCAAAUAUUUGAAAAUAUUUGCAUUGUGAUGAAGAGCACCGCCAUGCCCUGACCACAAAUGUAAGUCAUGAUGAAACAAAAUGAAAGAGGCAUUCAAUUCGUGACAUAUGUUUGGUUUUUUAUCCGCGCUAACAUCGAUCUUUUAUCAUUCAACAUUAUAACAUAAAUGUGAAUCGUGUUUCAUUUUCGUUAAUUAAUUCACUUGCAAAGAUUGAAAUGAUACGGGGUUGUGAUAGUUCAAAUUUGUGCUACUUCUCUCAAUUUUGUAUUUGUAAGGCAGGCAUUUAAUUCCCUUUCUGAGAAUAGGUGAAAAAUUAGCACAAAUGUACUGGGGUAACCGGCCUAAAUGAUAUUAUUUUUCAUGGAAAAUAACUACUGUGCCAAGUUUAAGAGUUUUUCUCUAAAAACUAAAACUUACAAAUCUAGGUUGAGUGUGAAUGCAAUUAUUCAAAUAAGUGGUGUCUUAUACAUAUAUACGUCUAGAUUAAUGUUUUUACCUACAAUGCUUGUAAACAAGAAAAAAUUUUAACGCGAGAUCGCGAUAUCAUUAAGUUAUUUCGUCCUUGUAAUAUAACAGACUUUAUAAAAUAUAAUACGAAGAAGGAAAUGUAUUUAAUUAAUGAUACCUAUGGUCGAAAUAAUUGGAAUCAUUGUAAGACAACAUUGAACUUGCAAUGAAAUAUCUCAUCCCAUGAUCAAGAACAAUAUGUAAAUCAAAUUUGCCCAGAUGAAGGACUUCAAGGUAUACAUAAACAAAGUCGUGGGUAAAUUACUCAUCAAUCGAGGCUCAAUUUUUCCAAAUACUUACACUAAACAAACUCAAUUAUAUUUCAGUGGUGCCUCACGUCGAUACCAGGGGUACUGAAAAUGUACAAUUUUUGCCCAUGUUUGAACAA